ACGGCAACGACGACGACCUGCAAGGCUUGCAGCCUUGUCGAUCGCGUCCUCCCCGCCAUGCCGUGAAGCUUCCAAAAUGCGCGUCUCAUCAAUGACUGCCCUCAUCUACUAGCUAGAGGAGGGCAGGCGUCCAGUAUAUAACCACAGGACACGGCCGCCAUGUUUGGCAGCCAGCACCAAUCCAUGCAUAUCCAAGCAGCAAGAAGAAUAGCAGGACACGACCACUUGAUCUGAGGCACAUCGUCAGACAUCUAUCUCUGCUAGCUAGCUACCUCAAUAAGCUCACCGCCGGCCGGCGAUCAUAUUCAUAUCUAUCGAUUAGCAACCGCGAAGAAGCAGGCCGUACCGAUCGAGGAUGGUUGUCGCGUCGUCGUCUUGUGCCAGCAGCAGCAGCAGCGAGCUGGGGUCCCUGUUCGCCGCGUUCGACAAGGACGGCGACGGGCGGAUCUCGGCGGCGGAGCUGCGGCUGUGCAUGAAGGCGACGCUGGGCGAGGACGUGUCGGCGGAGGACGCGGAGGCGCUGGUGGCCUCGGUGGACGCGGACGGCGACGGGCUGCUGGACGGGGACGAGUUCGCGCGCCUGGUGCACGCCGAGGUCGGGGAGGAGGAGCGCCACCGGGGGCUCCGCCAGGCGUUCGGCAUGUACGAGAUGGAGGGCCAGGGCUGCAUCACCCCCACCAGCCUCAAGCGGAUGCUCAGCAGGCUCGGCGCGCACCAGGAGAUCGACGACUGCCGCGCCAUGAUCUGCAGGUUCGACCUCGACGGCGACGGCGUGCUCAGCUUCGACGAGUUCAAGAUCAUGAUGAGCGCAUGAAACACAAGACGAUUAUUGUGCUUGCGGUUCAUUAUUAUUGGUGUAGGAUGUUCAUAUACAUAGCAUAGUCCCAUCCCAUACAUCCAUCCAUUGAUUCAUUCAUUGAUUCAUUCAUUCUUUAAUUUGGUAUAUAUAUAUUGUUGAUAAAUCUGGCAGCUGUGCGUGCAUAUUCGUUUAUUCAGCAGAAAUAAUUGAAUUGUUCGUUACUUGAAUAAUCACAAAGGAAAUGUCCAUUA